UCGUCACUCAUUAACACGACGAGGGGGCGGGAGCGCGUUCUCCGCUGUAGAUCAAAGCCUGUUUUCUGAACUCGAUCACUCUCUCAGGUAGGAGAGGACAAAGGUGGAGCUUCAUUCCACUGUCCGUCACAACAAGAAGAAAAAAAACGAGUUACAACACAGCCGCUGAUCGUUUACUGGAAACUUACGAAAGAUCGGACAGGAAUUCAAACUGCUUUUUACAACAACCAAAAAAGAGAACUAAUAAUCUAUGACGAGAGAAGACACUCGCAAGUGGAUUGGACUCACUAGUAACUGUUUUAUGUGCUUUUAUUUUCUAUAAGCGUUUUAUUUAUUGUGUUGUAUUAUUUCUUUUUAUAUAUAAUAAUAAUAAUGGGAAAUGGAAGAAAAUGACAGCGAGGAUUAUCGAGUCGGUCUGGGAGAAUAGUGUGUUUCCUGUUGAAUGCCGGCUCAGCGAUGCAGCGGCGGAUAAGUGCGGUGUUACCUGCGCGGACAGGUGCGGUGUUACCUGCGCGGACAGGUGCGGUGUUACCUGCGCGGACAGGUGCGGCGCUGCUCCUCUGUCUCCUCGCACUCACCUGCCCUCGAGCUCGGGCAGCAGAACGAGAGGUGAUCCGGGGUCAUAGAGUCAGCUUCAGCCCUGGAAUAUCUGGGAAUUCUCUGGUUCGGCCCAAUCGGACCGGGACAGUUCGGACCCCAGAACUUUCCCUGUCCACCGUGCAGCUCUGCCAGCCUGACCAGCCGUGCACUGCGUGUGUGAGGGCCCAGGUUCGACUGGACACCAGGGUUGUUCUUCGGCUCCGUGAAGUCCACCUUCACUUGCUGGAGUUGAAGAGUAACCAUCAGAGAGUGCUGCGGGUGCUGCGCAGGGGGGGACGUGGCCAGGCUAACAGCACGUGGGACCUGGUGUACGAUCAUUUCUUCAGCGGCCACAAGGUGGCGAUCCUCCACAGAGAGAACUGGACCAGCACCCCUGGCAUGUGGGAGCUCACCUAUGAUUGCUUCGAGUCUGACGGAGGCCACAAGGUGGCAGUGUUUCUCAAGACCAUACCUCGGAGACAGAGGCUGCAGCAGAGCAGGACCUACACUGUGGAGGACCACAGGAGAGGGCCAGUGUUCAGUUACUCGCUGGACAGAGGGAGGAAGGCUGUCACUGUGUCUGUGUUCCCGGGUCCCGAGGUGAAAGUGAGGCUCUGCUAUCGGCACCUGUUUGUGUGUGACGACCUGCCCUCGCCCGUCACUGCCAGGAUCAACACCUCGCAGUCUCUGAAUGCCACCCUCAGCUUCCCCUUCCUGGUUCCUUGUCUCUGCAUCGAGGUGUUUUAUCUUCAUCAUGAUAGCUGGAGAAGAACAGCCUGUCUGUCCAAGGACUUCCCACAUGCCUGUGACGAUGACCUCUGGCACGCCAGUACGUUUUUACACCACAGCUCGGAGCCCAGCGGUGUGAUGAGUGUGGAGUUCCGUCACCCCUGUCCCAUCCAGCUCUCUGCCUCUCUCUGCUGGCGGACUCUGGGCACUGCACUGGCGCCGUGUCAGGAGAUAGACAACUCUACAAUAGAGGAACGAGACUCGGUGUUCAGUAUCUCCGGUGUAGACAGACACCCACGACUCUGUUUCAAGCUCUCCCACGGCAACAGCAACCAUGUGGAAUGUCCCAGCGAAGCAGAGACAGAGUGGAGUGUGGAGGUGGAUCCAGAGUUCCUGAGAAUACACCUGCACAUCACCACCACUAUCCCAGCAUCCUUCAGUGCCGUGCUGUGCAGCCCCGAGAGAGAGGGGGCGGCCUGCGAUCCACAACUACCUGUGCACACCAUCACACGGCCGGCUGGUUCCAGUGAGAAGGAGCUCCACAUGAUCCUUGGAACCCACGCAGUGGGGCUGUGUGUGCAGGUUUGGCGUUCGGACUCGCGAUUCUUUGGGAAGAGGCUGAUCUGCCCCGAAUAUGCCUAUAGUAGGCUGGGCCUGGUUGCCACAGCGAUGCUGAUUGUAGCCGUUUCCACGUCGAUGCUGGUCUUCUUUGGUUACCGCUUCACCCGGAGAGUUCUGUCAGGCUCCCUGUGGACGCGCACGCCUGUGCUGCUGCUCUACACCGCAGACUCGGAGGAGCAUGUGUCCCUGGUGUGCACUCUGGCCUCCCUCCUGCAGGGAGAGCUGUGCUGCGAGGUGCAUCUGGACCUGUGGGACAGCUCAGGGCUGGGGGGCCUGGGGCCGGUGCCGUGGCUGUACAGCCAGAGAGAGGCAGUGUGGAGGGAGGAGGGGAGAGUGCUGCUGCUAUGGAGCAGAGGGGGCAGGGAGCUGUAUGAGAGCUGGAAGAGAAGGGAGCAGCAGUGGCAGCAACAACCAGCCGACCUCCUGAGAAACACAGCCCCGAAAACACAGGCGGACCCCCACGGAAUCUUCCAGACCGCCCUGGCCUGUCUCCACAGCGACGUGGAAAGCGGCCGAGCGGGGGGCUACGCCUUGCUGUAUUUCGACGGCUCUAAACGGGACAUCCCGGACUCCUUCAAGGGGGUGCCCAGGUUCAAGCUGCCCAGGCAGGGAGGUGGGCUGCUGCAGGAGCUGCACAGAGGGGAUCCCUGGGCUUGCUGGCUCAGGCUUGGCAUCGCUGGGCUGCAGCACUCCGAGGCAGGCAGGAGGCUGGAGGAGAGGGCGAGGAUGUGCCGGCUGCUGGAGGCAGAGAGGGCAGGCUUGACCGAGGAACCCGAAUUCGAUAAGUCAGAUGAGCUGCUGAUACAGAGAGGAGACCCAGCGAUCGGGGAGAAACGCACGGGCAUUUAAAGCAGGAAAGGAAAGACCAGCGUCACCAAAAGAUCUGCAACCCCCCCUGCAAAAUGCAAGGAUGUCAUCUGAAGAAAGUGUGAAGCAAUGAGGGAGGGUCACGUCAGCAAUCCCACAUCUCCCGAGACAAGCUUUAAGGAAUAUUUAAGGUAUAGAGUAUUUACUCGCUCCUGCUCUCCUGUGAUGAGCAAAUCCUGGGUAAACCAAGGGUUAAAGCCGAGGCACCCUCCAGUUUAUUAUACAGCGCGACUUGGGCGCAUUUAAUAAUUGCACUGGCGCUUCAACUAACAAAAUCACUGAAAUCACUCUACCCAGACUGGAAAGCAAAAGGUGUUCAGUGUGCUAUGCAGGGCCCCUCUUUAUUCUGCUAGCCGUGUUGAAUUGGUAAAGGGCCUCCUGCAGGACUUGGGCACUAUGCUGUGUCAGUGUGGCCUCCAGCAGUGAGUGAAUUCGUGGAAUGGUGAAAUGUCACGUGGGCGCACUAUUUAUAGUAUAAUGCCUCUUUGUUCACGGCACUCUGGAAUUUGUUCACGGCACUCUGGAUAUAUCCUCACCCUUUUGUUUCCGGGUAAGUCAUGCAGAGCGACCCGACUGGUUCUGCAGGGAGAGACACCAACACGUUUGGAAUGCUGAGCCCUUUUCGUUUUGAACCCUUUGUUUUAUCUGUACUGUGUGUUUGACUGGCUGUCUAGAAUCUCACCUGUCAUUUCCUGUGUAUGAUUACAAGACCAAAAGAAAAAACUUAACCCACUCAGUAUAGUUUCAGAGAGCCCUGUAGUGUCUUUAAGGCAGGCUCCAUUGGCUUGGAGACCUAAAUAAUGUCCAUUCAUUGAAGUCCUGCUUGCUGUUCAGCUUUUUGAUUUGAACAUUCUACCUCAUAACCCGCUCCCGCUGCAAGUAGCCAUCAGGAAACGUCUUUGCAGCUUGCUUAGUGAAAGCCGAAACGAUCGCUGUUCUGUUUUCAGUGGGAGUCGUGUUUUUGUGGCAGCUUUUAUAAUGUUGAAAAAGAAAAAGGAAAGAAAAAAAGACGCUGCAGGACAAGCAAGCAACAAGCAAACUUUUCAAUUGCACCUGGGAACAGUGGAAUUUACAAAACAGCACCAUCGAAGAACAUGAGCAGCGUGUGCAUGUGCUCUGUGGAGACUGCUAAAUACAUUCACAAGAAGGAAACCAUUACACACUCUUUCAAGAAGUGAUUCUCUUCUGAACAUCAAUUACAUCUGCACUGGAAAUGAAACCUGUUCAUAGAAAUAGAAAAUACUGGACAUUACACUGCUGUAAGAAUGUGUGUGAGUGUGUGUGUGUGUGUGGCCUCUCUGUUAAAUGCAAGCAUUUAAUUUGUUAAUGUAUAAAAGAUGAUGGAUAUACAGACACAGGCCUCAAUGAAGUUGUUAUUAUGUACCUUCCCCAUAAAUGUUUCCCACAGUAAAAGCACAGGAAAGUGUGUAAUAAAGCAUACGUUGGCAGUGUGAACGCCAGAGAGAGGUAUUGUAAAGCAAACCCUAAUAAGCCAUGGUAAAUACAUAGUGUAAUAAUGGGGAAACUGCACAGUGAGCAUGCAAUCUGACUGGGAAACUGCACAGUGAGCAUGCAAUCUGACUGGUAAACUGCACAGUGAGCAUGCAAUCUGACUGGUAAACUGCACAGUGAGCAUGCAAUCUGACUGGUAAACUGCACAGUGAGCAUGCAAUCUGACUGGUAAACUGCACAGUGAGCAUGCAAUCUGACUGGUAAACUGUUCUGAGAGUAGAUAUACUGGAUGAAGAAAUGUGCUCCAGGAAGGAAACGGUGUGUUCCUUGAAAUGUGGGAGCGACACUGCCUCACACUGUGAGAAAUAAAACGAAAUAAAGUUUUACAAACAUAA